UUCGGUGGCGGGAACAAUCAGUCGCGAAACGUGUAACCCGAAAUGGCCGCGUUUCGCUAUUUUUCAAAAAAACUGCUCUCAAGUACAUUAAAAACCGACAUAAGGGCACCAGUGAGCAACAACUAUGUGGUCUGCGUCCGCCUGUUGAGUUACACACCCAUGCCGUACGAUGGGAAUCCGGACCCGGGCCCCAUUUUCAUCAAGAAAGAAGUGCAGACCCUUCUCACGACUCUAACUCGCGUAGAUUUGGCCAAAGUUUACAGGAAAAGGAAACUGGGCGGGAGACAAUUAGAACAACCAGUUUACAAAUUCAUGACUGAUGAACAACUCCAAGAGGCUUUGGAUGAAGCUAAACGAAAAGUUGACGAAAUCCUCCAGAUACCACCAGUUGUUGCCGUACGUAAACCUCGCGAUAAAGUCGUGUCGCGAGAUCCAGCUUUGCAAGGUUUGGACUCCUCUAAUUAUAUUUUUACUGAUAUUUCGUACGGUGUUCCCGAUUCUGAGCGGAUUAUUCUUGUGAGGGACACUGAGGGGACGUUGAGGGACGCCGAUUGGGCGACGCGCGAUAGAAUAAAUCAAAUGUAUUUCCCCGUAGCUCGGAGGCAAGUUACGCCCCCGAAAAUGUUCGAGGAUGAUAAAUUAGACGAUUUGUUAAAGAGGGGCGAAUAUAACUUUAUUCUAGACAGGGCGUGCUUGCAGUUUGAGCCCAACGAUGAAUUCUACCAGAAAGUUUGCUCAGUUACGUACCAACACAUUAACGAAAAUAAUAAAUUUGAGGAUAUUAGGUCUACUAGACAUUUUGGUAGUUUUGCCUUCUUUAUCGCUUGGCAUAAAAUGAUUGAUAAUUUAUUACUUGACCUCAUUGAAAGCGAGCAUAUUGAUGAGGCCAAUGCUUUGGUUGAGCUUUACGCCCAGUUACAUGGGGAGAAAUUUAGGGGUAAUUCAAUUGAGGAAUAUAUUGGGAAAUUUUCAACGAAAAAAGCGGCCCUUGAGUUGGCCCUCCAAGCGUAUAAAAACGCCGCCAAACAAAAGCACGCACUCGAAGAGGGGAUCAAACGAGCUCAUGGUCUUAAUUAAGUUGUACAAAACUUGUAGAAAUUGUCUUUAUUAAACAAUUAUUUAACAUUUUUUAA